AGGAACGAGAGUCAUGAGCAGAAAAUGUGAUGUAGUCGUGGUGGGGGGCGGCAUCUCAGGUACGGCAGCAACCAAAUAUCUGCAUGAUUCUGGUCUGAAUGUUGUUGUUCUGGAAGCUCGAUACCGUGUGGGAGGCAGGACUUACACUGUUAGAAAUGAAAUGGUUAAAUAUGUGGACCUUGGAAGAUCCUAUGUUGGGCCAACCCAGAAUCGUAUCUUAAGAUUAGCCAUAGAAGUAGGAUUGGAGACUUACAAAGUGAAUGAAGUAGAGUGUCUGAUCCACCACAUAAAGGGCAAAUCAUGCAAAUUCAGGGGCCCACUCCCACCUGUUUGGAAUCCAAUUACCUACCUAGAUCAUAACAACCUUUGGAGGACAAUGGAUAUCUUGGGACAAGAGAUUCCCAGUGAUGCUCCAUGGAAAGCACCUCUUGCAGAAGAGUGGGACCACAUGACAAGGAAGGAGCUGCUAGACAAGAUCUGAUGGACUGAUUCUGCAAAGAAGAUUGCUACUCUCUUUGUGAAGCUGUGUGUCUCUGCAGAAACCCAUGAAGUUUCUGCUCUGUGGUUCCUCUGGUAUGUGAAGCACUGUGGGGGCACAACGAGGAUCGUCUCAACAACCAAUGGAGGGCAGGAGAGGAAAUUUGUGGGUGGAUCUGGCCAAGUGAGUGAAUGGAUAAUGGACCUCCUUGGGGAUCGAGUGAAGCUGAAGAGGCCUGUGACCCACAUUGACCAGACAGGAGUAAAUGUCCUUGAAACUCUAAAUCACGAGGUGUAUGAGGCUAAGUAUGUGAUUACUGCUAUUCCCCCUGUUCUGGGCAUGAAGAUUCAUCACAAGCCCCCUCUGCCAAUGAUGAGAAACCAGAUGAUUACUCGUGUGCCUUUGGGUUCAGUCAUCAAGUGUAUCGUUUAUUAUAAAGAGCCAUUUUGGAAAAAGGAUUACUGUGGAACCAUGAUUAUUGAAGGAGAGGAAGCUCCAGUUGCCUAUACGUUGGAUGAUACCAAACCUGAUGGCAGCCAUGCCUCCAUAAUUGGAUUUAUCCUUGCCCACAAAGCCAGAAAACUGGCACGCCUUAGCAAAGAAGAAAGGUUGAAUAAACUUUGUGAACUCUAUGCAAAAGGUUUGGGCUCCCAAGAAGCUUUACAAGUGGUGCACUACGAAGAGAACUGGUGUGAGGAUCAGUACUCAGGAGGCUGCUACACGACCUACUUCCCUCCAGGGAUCCUGACUCAAUAUGGAAGGGUUCUACGCCAGCCAGUGGGCAGGAUUUAUUUCACAGGCACGGAGACUUCCACACACUGGAGUGGUUACACGGAGGGGGCUGUGGAGGCUGGGGAGAGAGCAGCCCGAGAGACCCUGUAUGCCAUGAGGAAAAUUCCAGAGGAUGAAACCUGGCAGUCUGAACCAGAGUCUGUGGAUGUUCCUGCACAGCCCAUUGCCACAACCUUCUUGGAGAGAAAUUUGCUGUCUGUACCAGGGCUGCUGAGGCUGAUUGGAUUGACUACCAUCUUUUCAGCAACUGCUCUUGGCUUCCUGGCCCACAAAAGAGGGUUUCUUACACAGUUUUAAAGAGAAGGCAUCUAUAACCACAUCUUCUUCUUGCUUU